AUGGCGAAAACGAAAAAAAUUUUAGAGGAAAAUGACCAGAAAAGCGACUUCCAUAAUGAUUGGAAUUCAUUAUUAGAAAUUUUUGAGAAAAUUGAUGAGGAGAUUGAAGUUGAUACUGAUGGAAUUUUGCUUCGUAAUUUGUCCAAAAAAACGAUUACACAAAUUAUUUCUUCCGUUCCUUUCAAACAAUUGGCCAAUUCUCCCCCAAAAACAAUUCGUGCCUCUUUAAAACUUUUAUAUUUACUUGCUUCUCAACAACAUAAAGUUGAAUUACCUUUUACAAUUGAUUUAAUUAAUUUAAUGGAGGCAGAACCAGAACCAAAAAUUUAUUCUAUAAAAAUUGUGGAAAGAAUAUUGAAGUUUCACACUCGUCAACCAGAAAUGUUAGCAGAUUUACGUGAUUUAAGUGCUCUCUGUUUUGCUAUGUUUCGUCCUUUAGACCAGCCAUGGACCGAACACAUUAGUGAACCAAUUAAAAGGAAAUAUUUAUUGGCUGAAUUGAGCUUCUUAAGAACUUUUUUAGUCUCUGUGCCUAUUUUAUUGAAUUCAUUUUCUCCAGUGAUUACACAAUUGUUGCCAGAGUUCUUUAUUCAGAGUAGCAAUUAUCGUCGCAAACAAGCACUAAAUAGCAACGAAAUAUCCUCUCCACGUGACAUUAAUUAUUUAGCUGAAAAUUUAUUUCCUGACAGAUUAGAACACUCAUUAAGUUGUGUUUGUCGGGAAUUAGUCAAAAAUAAAGAAAAAUUUCAUCGUUUACUUUCAUUUGUUGUUGCAUCCUCUUUGGUAGAUGAAAGAAGAAUACGUUAUCCAACUUAUCUAAUUAUGACAGCAUUGGAUGAAAAAGACAUUGCUUUGUUAAGCACAAAUAUGCCGACUUGGGAAAAACGAAAAUUUUCAACUUUACAUUCACAAUUUUUUGAAUGUAAUAAAAUUAUUGGAUAA